UGGACGUAACGGAGAAACAGCAGACGCAAGAGCAGAGAGGGAGGAGAAUCAACGAGGAUAUACGUAACCGGGAUCUCAGCUGUAUUAGCGGAAGACAGGAUUCAGGCUUCCAGUGACAACCGAAACAGCAAUAUGAGGAACUAGUCCCGGGAAGAGCGAAUCAAACAUGGAUUAAACAUACGCGCUCUCUCAACUGACUGCCCUCGCGCCGCCAUUCAUUCAAAUUAUCGAGUAGUUGCAUUGAUUCUACGUCACAUAUAGCCUACCGUAUCGUACGUAGUACAGCACCAGAAUUGCUAAGUAAGGUAGCCCACCUCAGCAAAUAGGUAGACUGUAUCUGAUCUUUAAAUCCGCGUGCAGGACCAGACAUAGCGUUGUAAUUUAUGUGAUAGUCCUUUGUAGGAUUUACUGUUUUGCUCACUGGUUUCCUUGGUGGUUUUCGAGGCACCAGCAAUGUUCCCUGAAUUACUGGGUUCCUGAUACCCAGUGUGAACUGACCUGCAGUCUUCUGACUCCAAAAUAAAGUGAGAUUUUCAGCAUACGCAACAAGACUAAAGACCUUCGGCUUUUGAGCAAAAGGUAUCAUGUCUUCCAGAGAGCGACGCUCCGACCUGUACAUAAAGGCUGAACCCAGCAGUCCUGAGGGAGGAGGAGGAGGAGGUGGAGUAGGAGGCGGCGGCGGGAGGACCAGCCCGGGAGGAGCGUCCUCAGACUCCUCUCAGAGUGCAGGAGGGGGUUCCAGAGGAGAGGGUGCUGGCCGCUACUCCCCGCCCCUUUACACCCCUGCUCUACGUUGCCAUUUUAAGGAGGAGGGUGCAGAUGGAGCCGAGGAGGGCUCUACCGGCAGCGGGGGAGGCCGCUGCAAGUAUGCACUAAGCACGCUUCCCAAAAGGCUGUGCCUGGUGUGUGGAGAUGUGGCGUCUGGCUACCACUACGGAGUGGCUUCAUGUGAAGCCUGUAAGGCUUUCUUCAAAAGAACCAUACAGGGCAAUAUUGAGUACAGUUGUCCCGCCUCUAAUGAAUGUGAGAUCACCAAGCGCCGCAGGAAGGCCUGUCAGGCAUGUCGCUUCACCAAGUGCCUCAAAGUAGGCAUGCUCAAAGAAGGAGUCCGCCUGGACAGAGUCAGAGGAGGACGGCAGAAGUACAAGAGACGCCCAGAGGUGGAGAAUGCCACGUACCAGAGCGCACCGAUACCUUUAAGAAAAGAGGGAGAGAAGGGUUCAUCCAGCAUCAUUGUGUCUCAUCUGCUGGUGGCGGAGCCAGAAAAGCUGUUUGCUAUGCCAGACCCCUUGCAGCCCGACACGGCCCAGCGGACGCUCACCACUCUCUGUGACCUGGCCGACCGGGAACUAGUUGUUAUCAUCGGCUGGGCCAAGCACAUUCCUGGCUUCCUCUCUCUGUCACUGGCGGACCAGAUGUCCGUGCUGCAGUCGGUGUGGCUGGAGGUGUUGGUGUUGGGGGUGGCUUACCGCUCUCUCGGCUGCGAGGAUGAGGUGGUGUUUGCCGAGGACUUCGUGCUGGAUGAGGAGAUGUCUCGUGUGGCCGGUCUGACCGAACUCAAUGCUGCCAUCAGUCAGCUUGCACGCCGUUUCAGGGUCCUGCAGCUGGACCGCGAGGAGUUUGUCAUGCUCAAGGCCAUCGCGCUCACCAACUCAGAUUCGGUGUACAUUGAGGACAUGGAGGCCGUGCAGAAGUUACGGGACCUGCUGCAUCAGGCUCUGCUGGAGAUGGAGGUCCAGCGACGCCCUGACGACCCCCAGCGUGCCGGACGCCUCCUCCUCACCCUGCCUCUCCUCAGGCAGACCGCUGGCCGGGCCCUCACCACCUUCUACAGCAUCAAGACCCGCGGCGGGGUGCCUAUGCACAAACUCUUCCUGGAGAUGCUGGAGGCCAUGAUGGACUCGCCCUAGAGAAUAAAUGACGGAGGAAUGAAGGGCGGCAAAAAGUUUGCCCCAAGUCUUUUUUUUUGUCGCAAGGGCUGCAAGAGCCAAAAGAGAACUUUUUUUCAUAAGGGUUGAAUACGAAGAAGACGCUUUGUGUAGCUGUCCGCUAGUACUGGUCUUUCACAUCCAAUCGUCCUCCUCCAUUUGAUUUCAAUGGGUCAACCAUAGGCUUGGGUCAGUUCAGACACUUCAUAUCUAUAUCAGUCAGUGUUAGGUAAACCACAGACAACGUGUGAUUCAUUCUGUCACCUCACGGCCAUUUCUAGGAACUAACCAUUACUGUAAACUCAGAGAAAUUUACGUGCCAAGGGCGCCUACUGAGACUGCAGCAAUAUGAACUCUCACCUGAAUCAUACGAUUCAGUGAUUUCUCCUCAUUUACUGAUAGUAGGCCACCAAUCACUACAGUUCCAAUCAAGCGAUUAAAGCUUUUUCUCUCCUUAAAUGGGUGCAUCAAAGGCACUUGUGGAAAGUUAAUGUCUUUUAUAAUGCGUUCGCCAUACUACAAGUGCUAUCUAACUUUGUCCCGCUAGCUUUUUGUGGAAUAUGCAAAACAUAAGUCAAGACUUACUGGAGAUGUACACUGGUACUGCAACAUCAUAUUACGGAAAGCAAUACGAAAGACUUCCUAACCCAUUUGAUGUCAGCCAUUUUUUUGGAACGAGAGGCUGCUCUGUCACGUCCUGCUUUGAAACUAAAUUUAGCUGUGUGGAGUAGUCGCAUAACAGACACUUUUUUUUGAUUGUAGAAAAUUUCCAAGAAAACCAGGCCGUCUUUUGUAUAAUAGGCAGUUGUUUUAAAGAUUAACGUCAUCGUUUUUGGGAUAUGGACUGUUUGAACAGGAGACUAUGGGUACUAUGAAUGCUGAACUGAAUUAACAAUGCGUCUAAAUCAGGGUAAACGGAGUUUGUUCCUCCUGUAGUCCACUACUGUAGUUUUUUGCUGUGAUUCUUUGUUUGGACGCCUUGGGACCUUCCGGUGACGCCCUCGAUUCAUCAGAUGAUACUGGUCUGCUCGUCACCUAUUGAGCCACUGGUCGUCCAGAGAAAAGAUCAUAUUCCGUGUCGUAAUCCUCCAUUUUUACAUGGACCCAGCCGCCGGACAUUGCCUCCGUCAUUCUGUGAUAUUCAAAGUCAAACUGAAAGCCUCUGUGGUUUAGAGCAACAUUAAAUGCAAAUUGGAAAGCCUCAUGAGAUGGGCUCCAACAGAGCCGUCGCUUCGAGAGACUUCGUCGGGUUCUUUUAAGAUAUGUUUGCGUAGUCUCCUCAUAGCUGUUUGUUUGCAGACACUCGUCUGAUAUUAUAUGCAAUCAUACUCCGUUUAGAGUGCUACAACUCCGCUACCUUUUAUUUAUUCGACACAUGUGAAAACAGGAGGAAGAAAAGCCAGUUGCCAUUUUGGCCUCUUUACCAAUUUAAGUACUAAAAAUGAAAACCACUGACGUGCAGAGACAGACCUCGGAGGUGACGCCACAUUUUCAGGGUGAUUUUCACUGUAUGACGUUUACAGCAAUGAUUGUAUGAGCGCUCUGAAAGUGGUUCACUGCAAAUACACGCCAUAGACGAGAUGGAAAGAAUCUUCCAUGGUUGAUAUUUAUGAUAUUUUCAAUCUGGGUCUGCAGACUAGUUUCGGCCCGAAAAUUGUGAUGCAGGCCUUUUGGAUGAUCAUAUGAGUUGCUGUUGCUCAUGGCAUGGUUUUAGGUUUUUUUUUUUUUUUUUUCAUAUACUACUCUAUGAAGCUUGGCCUCAGGUUUGGUAUUGAAAUAAAGCAAUUCAUUUGGGAGAUUGUUAUAAAAUGUCUGUUUUGUAUUGAAUUGUUUUUUUAGAUUUCUCUUUUUGUGGUUGAAGUACUAACUUUAAGACAUAUGAAAGCCAGUGGACAUUAUAUUCCUGUCUGUGUGUGUGUGUGUGUGUGUGUGUGUGUGUGUGUGUUGUUGACAUUUCUAUUCAAAAUAGUCUUGCCGUUCCAGGCACUAAUAUAUGUGUUGAUCACUGCAAACCUUCCUCUUUUUCUCUCUUUUUUUUUUAAAUACUGCCAGUUCGGCUGUUAUUGGAAUUUUGGUAUAUUUCAAAAAACUCAAUAUAAUUUGAUUCCAUCUAUAUGCAUUUAUCGAAGCUAAAAUACAAGGGUUUUUUUCCUAACAUUUCAGUAUGUUUUUUUUUAUAUACACAGGAGCUAAUGUCUCUCCUAAGUGGUUAUUGGGAUGUCAUGGUUUGUGUACAUAACCACGAAUGAGUGGGUCCAUUCAAAGACGGCUGUAAAAUAUGUCAAUGUUUGUGUCAAUAAUAACUCUAAUAUAAGGAUGAUAUUACAGUAGUGUUUUCAUAAUGGUAAGCAUUAUAUAAAGCCAUUUUGUCUGUCAGACUUAGAACAUAACAAAUGAUUGAGAGAUAAAUUAAAUUCAUGGCUUGGUGUUUUUGUGUGUCUGUGUAUAUUUAUGUAAAUGAGCAAUACCAGAAUUUACCAAAAUGUUGUUUUUCUUCACAUUUUACUGUAUUCAUAUACUGUAAAUCAAACCUCAACAGUAACACUAGUGAUAACAGUCAAUAGUAAUAAGUACAGUAAAGAGCAAAUCAAUAUUUGUAUUUCAAAAUAUUGUAUUUAAAAGAUUAAAAUCUAUUUUUUACUCAAUUUGCGGAUGUUUAUUAAUAUUAUUGUUCUGGUAUUUGUUUUGGUUGAAGUCAAAUGAUUGUAAAUGUCUGUGCUUUGUUUCCUUUUUGUAAAGCUCAGUGGUUCAGCAGUAGUGAUACACUUUGUUCAUAUUGAAUCACUGUGAAGAGAAAGCAAACACUAAAACAACGGGAAAAAUAGAGGUAUUUUAAAAUAUUGUCAGUGUCAAUGUUUUUUUUUUUUUGUAAUAAAUUAACAACCGUCAGUCA